AUGUCUCAACUUAUUGCUUCAAAAGGAUUAACUGGAAUGUAUGCGGAUUUGUUGGAUUUUUCUAAUGAACACAUUUAUGAAGCAAAUUUACCAAUUUUGAUUCAUUGUCAACAUGGAAAAGAUCGUACUGGUUUGAUAGUUGCCUUAGUUCUUUCCAUUUGUGGUGUUGAUGUUGAAACUAUCGCUCAAGAUUAUGCAUCCUCUCAAAAGGGUUUAGCCAGUAUAUAUUCAUCAAUAGUCGAUGAUUUAAAAAAAAUAGGAUUAACAGAAGAAUUUGCCAUUGUACAUCCUGAUGCUACUUCAAAAAAACAAAAAAAUAAGCAAAUUAGUAAAAAAGAAAAUAUUAUUAAAGAAUUUCAAACUCUUGUUAAAGAACAAACUAUGUCUAUUAUUGAAGCAAUAAAUUAUUAG